GAGCGAGGCAAAAAGGGUGUCCGUAAGCAGGCAGGUGGUCGAGGGCAGGAGAGAAGCGACAAGGUCCGUGUCCGGGCAAGGUUCAAGGAUCGAGGAAGGCAGUCCAAAGUCCGGAGGGAGGUCGAGGCACACGGGACAAGACGGGUACUGCGGGAGAAACAAGGAACAUGAGACGAGGGAACAAGGAGGACGAGGAGAACGAAUGCGAGGACAACAGGAGGGAAGCCAGAGACGUGCGCUGAUAGCCGAUAGUCUGCAGCUGCGGCGUUGCGGGGGCGUGAAACGCCCGGUGCGUGCAGGGGCGUGUCCUGGCAUACUGCCAGCCUGAGUGUUGGUGGAUCUUGCUGCAUGAGAAUUGACCUACAGAGUCGAAGAAUGUCUAAAACAUUGACCAAAGUCUUAAAUGUCAAACUGUCAUCAAGGAGAAGUCCAGAGAGAACAGUCAAAGCAGCAGAUGCUGUCACGGCCAGGGCUUAUUCCAAUGCGCCCUCAUCUGUGCGCUCUGCUUGUUGCGCCUCCAAGAGCGCACCUCGGGACACGCCCACGACCGCACACUUCCACUGCUGCAGCCGGCAGCUGCAAUCAUUCACCGGCAAUCAGCGCACCUGAAGCUGAUCAUCAGAGGACUGCCUUCAAAAGCCUGCUCAACCUGCUAUCCGGGGCCAGAACGUAAAUCAGCUGUUCGAGAACCUAUCCUCCGUCGCCUUGGAAGUGACCUGUGCGCCUCACUUCCCUGAACCCCCUCUGGAUUCUGACUGCCUCCCUCGAUCCUCGACCCCCGCUCUGGACACGGAUCUGUUGACGCCCCCCACAGACUACCUGCCUGUCUCACGGACCUCCAAGAUCUGCCUUGUCCCUCCUCUCGUUCAACAUUACGGUUGUAGUAGUGUCACCAUGGCAACAGAGGGGGACCCCUCAGACUUGGUGAAAGUUUUCCACCUCCUGGUGCUCUCUCUCACCUGGGGCAUGCAGAUCUGGGUCUCCUUCAUUGCAGGUUUUGCGUUGGUGUGGCAGGUGACUCGGCACACCUUUGGUCUGGUGCAGAGUAAACUAAUCCCGGUCUAUUUCCAUUGCCUGCUGGGAAGCCACAUUAUCAGUCUGGCUAUUUAUGCCAUGUAUCAUCCAAGAGAGCUGUUGGACACACAUGAAACCGUACAGAUGGCUCUAUAUUUUGUGGCCCUGAUCACGGCGGGUGUCAACGCCCGGUGGUUUGGCCCGGCAGCCUCUGAAGUCAUGUUGCAGAUGUGGGAAGUGGAGAAGGAGCACGGCCUUGGUAACCAGGUGGGCAUGGGCAGCCAGAAGGAAGGUUACGCCAAGCUGAAAGAGCAGGACCCCAAGUACAGAGCCUGCAGGAAAAAAUUUGGCCGCUACCACGGCUUGUCCAGCCUCUGCAACCUGAUCGGAGUCUUGUGCAUCACAACUAAUCUGAUCUAUACGGCUUUGAAUCUAACCACCAUUUAGACAAGGUGAGGUGUCUUCAGUUCAAGUACACAGUAGUACCUCAACUUUUGAGCUUAUUGGUUCUGUGACGGCGUUUUGAUCUCAAAACACUUGUAUCUCAAAUCAACGUCUCCAUUCAAACAAAUUUAAAUCAACUUUCAUCCAAUCAGUUUUUGCCUUGAAAAUCAACUUUUACCUUGAAAAUCAGUUUUUACCUUGAAAAUCAGUUUUGCCUUGAAAAUCAGUUUUUGCCUUGAAAAUCAGAUAUUGUGUCAGCUUUGUAUUAUAGUAGAUGUUUGGUAAUGUAAUGCAGGGAUUCUUAACCUUUUUUACCUCAGGGCCCAACUUUUCCACUACAUAGGGGCAUGGAGCCCACUCAAAUAUUAAAAAAGUUAAAAAGUUAAAGUACCAAUGAUUGUCACACACACACUAGGUGUGGUGAAAUUAUUCUCUGCAUUUGACCCAUCAAAUUAUUCUCUGCAUUUGACCCAUCACCCUUAAACACCCCCUGGGAGGUGAGGGGAGCAGUGGGCAGCAGCGGUGGCCGCGCCCGGGAAUAAUUUUUGGUGAUUUAACCCCCAAUUCCAACGCUUGAUGCUGAUUGCCUAGUAGGAAUUAGCAAUUUUUCUCUAGAUUUAUUUAAAUUUUUUGUCAUUUUUAUUGACGUCCAGAAUCCGACAUUCCUAUCCAUUACAUCAUAUUUGCAUACAUCAUAUAUCUAUUGUCUGCCCUAAAUGUCAAAAUAAUAUUAUUUUUGUUUAUAUCUCAACGAUGCCACCCCGCCCCCCAAAAGAAAAAAAGAGAAAAACAGCAAAAAAAACAAAAAACAAACCAAAGUAAUAAUAAUAUUAACAAAUAAAUUAAUUAAAAAAUAUAUAUAUAUAAUAAUAAUGAUAAAACAUAUAAUAAUACAAACAGAUAGUAAAUAAAUGAAUAGAAACCAAAAAAACUAUAAACAUAUAGGGAGUAAUCUUUUUUACACAGUACAAUCACUAAUUCGAGAAAAUAAAAUCAGGCUUAUGGGGAGUGACAUAACUGACCCAGUUUUCCCAGUAUGAAGUACAUUUCUCCAAUUUAUAAUGAAUAAAAGCCGUUAUCUUCUCCAUUGUAUAAAUGUCCAUUGUUAUUUCCAUCCAUAGCUUCAAAGUUGGGCUCUCCUGCAUACUUGCCAACCCUCCCGUUUUUAGCGGGAGAAUCCCGGUAUUCAGCGCCUCUCCCGACAACCUCCCUUCUCCCGACAAACUCCCGGUAUUCAGCCGGAGCUGGAGGCCACGCCCCCUCCAGCUCAAUGCGGACCUGAGUGGGGACAGCCGUUCUCACGUCCGCUUUCCCAGCAGCUUGCCUGCCCAAUGACGUCAUAACAUCUACGGCUUUUAGAGAGUAGAGUGCACAACAAGCAGAGAGAGUUCUUGGUUUCUUAUGUGGGUUUAUUUUUAGGCAGUUUCAUUAACGUCCUCCCAGCGCGGUAACAACACACAACAACAGCAGUCACGUUUAGUCUACUGUAAAGCAGUUCGUCUGCCGUAAACAGCAAUGUUGUGACACUCUUAAACAGGACAAUACUGCCACCUACCGGAUAGCCUGCAGAACACUGAAAUUGAAGUAUGUCUUUUAUUUAUAUGUAUAAUAAAAUUCUCAUAUCGAUCCUCCAAUCAUAGUAUUGAUACUUUUGAUACUUUAGUUCAGGGUUGUCCAUACUUUUUCAAACAAAGGCCGCAUACUGAAAAGUCAUAGUAUGCAGGGGCCAUAUUGAUAUUUUUUUUAAUCUAAAAAAAUAAAUGCUAAAAACUAUAGUGUCAAUUAUGCAUUAUAGGUGACUAAGUAUAUUUUUAUUAUUAAUUAUUAGUUAGAACUUUUCAGCUUUUUCUCAUUACAUACAGAUUUUUUUCCUACAUUUUGCUGUUUUUAAUC